GAGCCUCCCGCCGCCAAUGCAGGCCGCGGGGCCGCGGCGCCUGCGCUGCUCCGGCUGCGAGCCCCGUCCCCGGCCUGUCCUCCGCUCCCCUCUCGGGUCCCGUCCUGCCGAGCCAUGUGGAGCCGCUACCGGGCGGCCGGGGGGCUGCUGAGCCGCGGCCGGUCUCUGAAUCAGAAGUCGUGGAGGUGGAAGAGCGUUUCUGCCAACGAAAGAGCGCUGCAGUACAGGGUAGGAGAGCAAAUCCAUGGCUUCACUGUGCGUCAGGUGACAGCUGUUCCUGAGUUGUUCCUGACUGCAGUCAAGCUUAGUCAUGACAGUACAGGAGCCAAAUAUUUACAUGUGGCUCGAGAGGACUCCAAUAAUCUAUUCAGUAUACAGUUCCGAACCACUCCAAUGGACAGCACUGGGGUCCCGCAUAUCCUUGAGCACACUGUGUUAUGUGGUUCUCAAAAGUAUCCUUGCAGAGAUCCAUUCUUUAAAAUGUUAAACAGAUCGUUGUCCACUUUCAUGAAUGCAUUCACAGCUAGUGAUUACACACUCUAUCCAUUUUCAACACAAAAUCCCAAGGAUUUCCAGAAUCUCCUGUCAGUGUACUUGGAUGCAGCUUUUUUCCCAUGUUUGCGACAACUAGAUUUCUGGCAAGAAGGCUGGAGGUUAGAACACGAGAACCCAACUGAUCCUCAGACACCUUUAGUCUUCAAAGGAGUUGUUUUUAAUGAAAUGAAAGGGGCAUUUACAGAUAAUGAGAGGAUAUUUGCACAGCACCUGCAAAAUAAACUCCUUCCUGAUCACACUUAUGGUGUAGUAUCUGGUGGGGAUCCGUUAAGUAUUCCUGAUCUUACAUGGGAGCAGCUCAAACAGUUCCAUGCCACACAUUAUCAUCCAAGCAACUCCAGAUUCUUCACUUAUGGUAAUUUUCCACUGGAGCAACAUUUGAAACAAAUUCAUGAGGAAGCAUUGGUAAAAUUUGAAAGAAUUGAAUCGAAGACUGACAUCCCAAAACAGAAACUCUGGGAAAAGCCUCGAGAACACCGUGUAACAUGUGGCUUAGACUCAUUUGCUGCCGAUCCUUCCAAGCAGACGACUGUCAGUGUCAGCUACUUGUUGACAGAUAUUACAGACACCUUUGAAACUUUCACACUAAGCCUGUUGUCUUCACUGUUGGUUGAUGGACCAAAUUCUCCUUUUUACAAAGCUUUAAUCGAGUCUGGUGUUGGUACAGAUUUUUCUCCUGAUGUUGGGUUUAAUAGCUCAACAAGAGAAGCCUAUUUCAGUGUGGGUCUACAGGGUAUUGCUGAGACAGACAUUGAUACUGUGAAACAGAUUAUUGCUGAAACAGUUGAUGAAGUUAUUGCGAAAGGAUUUGAGGAAGACAGGAUUGAAGCUCUACUGCACAAAAUUGAAAUCCAGCUGAAACAUCAGUCUACAAGUUUUGGACUUGCCCUGACAUCAUAUAUAGCUUCCUGCUGGAAUCAGGAUGGGGAUCCAGUGGAGCUUCUGAAGAUUGCAGAUAAAGUCUCUCGGUUCAGGCAGUGCCUCAGAGAAAAUCCCACAUUUCUUCAAGAAAAAGUUAAAAAGUAUUUUAAGGAUAAUCCACAUAGAUUGACUCUGUCAAUGAGUCCAGAAGAAGACUACUAUGAUAAACAAGCAAAACUGGAAGCAGAAAAACUGAAAAAGAAGGUCAAUGCUCUUUCUGAAGAAGAAAAAAAGCAAAUCUUUGAAAAAGGUUUGGAAUUAAUUGAUCUUCAAAGUAAACCUCAGGAUACCUCUUGUCUCCCAGCUCUAAAAGUGUCUGACAUUGAACCCAAAAUCCCAUUCACUGUGCUGGAGACAACACUCACAGCUGAUGAAGUUCCUGUCCAGUACUGUGCUCAGCCAACCAAUGGUGUGGUAUAUUUUAGAGCUGUUUCCAGCUUGAACACUCUUCCUGAGGAGCUCAAACCAUAUGUGCCGCUGUUCUGCAAUGUCAUUACAAAGAUGGGUUGUGGAGCCCUUGAUUACAGGGAACAGGCCCAGAAAAUAGAGCUUAAAACAGGUGGGAUGUCUGUCAGCCCACAUAUCAUUCCAGAUGAUUCACACCUGGAUGUGUAUGAACAGGGUGUGCUCUUUUCAUCUCUGUGCUUGGACAGAAACCUGCCAGACAUGAUGAAUUUAUGGAGUGAAAUAUUUAACAACCCGCGAUUUGAGGAGGAAGAACACUUCAGAGUGCUGGUUAAGAAGACUGCCCAGGAACUGUCAAAUGGGAUUCCAGAUUGUGGGCAUUUGUAUGCCUCUAUUAGAGCCAGCAAAAACCUUACACCUUCUGGAGAACUGCAAGAAAUGUUUAGUGGGAUGGAUCAGGUGAAGUUGAUGAAGAGAAUAGCAGAAAUGCCUGAUAUUAAACCAGUACUACGCAAACUACCACGCAUUAAGAAGUAUCUAUUAAAUAGUGACAACAUCAGAUGUUCAGUGAAUGCAGCACCUCAACAGAUAUCAGAGGCAUCUAAAGAAGUAGAGAAAUUUAUAAAGGGCAUAACUAGAAGUAAAAAAGAGAGAAAACCUGUUCGACCCCAUGUGAUUGAGAAAUCUUCAGAAGUCAAACCUGUGGGAAGCAAAAUGCUUAAUUGUUUGCAGAUCACAAGGAAACUAAUUAACGAUCCUACUUUCAAACCAUGCCAGAUGAAGACCCAUUUUGUACUUCCUUUCCCAGUGAACUACAUUGGGGAAUGCAUUCGUACAGUUCCCUACACAGCUACAGACUAUGCAAGCCUUCGAAUUCUGGCACGGUUGAUGACAUCUAAAUUCCUACAUAGAGAAAUUAGAGAGAAAGGAGGAGCUUACGGUGGAGGUGCUAAACUUAGCCACAACGGCAUAUUUACUUUCUACUCCUACAGAGACCCAAAUUCAUUAGCCACCUUGAAAACAUUUGAAAGAGCAGUUGAAUGGGCCAAAUCUGGAGAAUUCACACAACAAGAUAUCGAUGAAGCUAAGUUAGCAGUAUUUGCUGCUGUAGAUGCACCAAUAGCUCCUUCAGAUAAAGGUAUGGAUCAUUUCUUAUAUGGGAUUUCAGAUGAAAUGAAGCAGUCACACAGAGAGCAGCUUUUUGCUGUCAACAGUGAUAACCUGGUUGAUGUAUCAAACAAGUAUCUUGCAGUUGGGAAGAGCACGCGGGGUCUGGCGGUACUUGGCCCAGAAAAUGCAGAUAUUACCAAAGAUCCCUCAUGGGUCAAACGAUGAAUUGCUGCUGAACAUCCAGGCUCAUUUAAAACAACCAAUCUUUGUGACUAAAUUAAUUAUUUUUUUAUAUUAACUUUUAACUGGCCCAUGGUCCAACUUAAAUGUUCAUUGCUGCUUCUAACAAUACGCAACAAACCAGUUAAAACCAUGUUGUCAAAUCUUCUAACCACACAGUAUUUGAGAGCAAGAAUUAUUUGCUCUGUUAGGACAAAGACCAUAAUAUUUUACUCAAGAGACUCAUAUGGAUACUAUAUAAAUUAAAUAUUUUUGUAUAUGUAGAACUCCAGAGAUUUAAAUGGUAUUUGUUUGAAAUCAUGUCUGCUGUUGGAUAUAUAAAAAAUUUUAAAAAAUGAAAAAGAAGUCUCUCAAACUACAGCUUCCAUUCUUUGGUAUGCUAAUUCCAGCUGCCUUUGCUGGAAUUAAUUCCUUUGUAGGUGGAAUAACCACCUAUAGCUAGAAGAGCUUUUGACAGUGCCUUCCACCUCACAGCAAGUUUGUAGUGAAUGGCAGUGUAGUGGGCAAAUCACUAAUGAGUCUGUGUACAGUGCAGAUUUUAAUCUUGUUUAUUUGGGGAACAUUCAGUCAACUUUUGGUAUGAAAUGGUUUAGUACUUUUUUGGUCAUUAUCUAGUUAACAAAUCAGCAUAAGAAAAGAGUUUGGUUUAAUUUUAAAAUUAGGUUAACAAAUAAGGUUAUUUCUACCCUUUGCCCUCAUUAUGAAGAGUUUCUAUAGCCUUAACAAAGGUAAGAGAAAAGAAACAUGAAACAAGUAAAAGUAGAACAGUUGCUUUUUUUUCCCCCCUUCACUAGAUAGGGAAUUAAGACUGGUGCUUGUUUUCCUUCAUUAGUCUGUAAAGAAUCCUUCAUGAAGGAUUUUUGCUGUUUGUGGUUAGAAGCAGGUGAAUAUGUUUUGACACAUCAGACUUAAGAUGUUUGCAACAGUACUUUAUUUCACUUCAGAUACAUUAAGCACAUCCUGUAACUCAACAUAAAACUAGCCAUCUACACUUAUUUUUGGGUGUAAGUACUCUGAAACGAAGUGCAGUAGGUGAGUAACUUACAGAGUGCAUAGAACAGUGUUGCACUUUUUUGUUAAAGGAUAGUAUGAGUAAAAUAGUGCUUAUUCCUUAGAUGCUGGGAUUUGUUUCAAACGUAACACAAAUAUAGGACAAAAUUCGUGUGACGUGACUGUCUUGUUUCACAUAAAGUGCUGGUACAAUAACUUAAAUGUUACAAAACAAAGCUGUAACGAUUCUAAAGCAUUGUUACUCACAAUGUGCAUCUAUGACAACAAUCUAAAAAUGAUCUCUUUAGAUGGCUCCGGUUUCUGCUUCCUUU